GGUUUUAUUCUAUCAGAAGAAUGAGAUUUUCCAAUUGUAAAUAGAAAGAAAGAACAGCUAUUCAGUGUCCAUAGGCUACGCUAUAAAGUCGCUCACCGGCAAAGUUUAUCAGAAUAGAACUUACAUAUUUUAACCUAAAACAAACACUUGAUCCCAAAAUUUGGUGUGGUUCCUUCAAUUUUCGAGUAUAAUAUGAGACUAAUUAAAGCCAGCUGAGGGCAUAGUAGGUGAAUUACUUUUAGUCGUGAUUAGAGUUCAAACGGCGGCAUUGAUUCAGCGAUUCUGUGCGAACGGGGGGACGACACAUUCAUCACAAUGGAAAGUAUUGAUAAACUGUUGGACGAGUAUGAGCGAAAAAAUGUGCAAAAAGAAUUGGAUCGGCCUUUUGCGUACAUAGAAAAACUGCCGGGAAAGAAUAUUCGAUCCAGAUUGACAGCUGCAUUCAACCAUUGGAUGAACAUUCCGUUGGAUACACUCAACGAGAUCGGUAAAAUCGUACAAAUGUUACAUAAUGCCAGUUUGAUGAUCGAUGACAUCGAAGAUAACUCGUGUUUACGACGCGGUUUCCCGGUGGCACAUUCCGUUUACGGAUUAGCCAACACUCUGAAUACCGCCAAUUAUGUGUUCUUCUUGGCUCUGGAGCGAUGUCAACGACUUGGUCACCCAGAUACAGUCAAAGUGUAUACGGAACAAAUGUUGGAGUUGCACCGAGGUCAAGGGAUGGAAAUUUACUGGCGUGAAAGUUUCAUAUGCCCAACGGAAUCCGAAUACAAGCUCAUGACCAUCCGCAAAACGGGCGGUCUUUUUAUGCUGGGCGUUGGCUUGAUGCGUUUGUUCAGUGACAGUGAUAAGGAUUUUACAAGAAUCACCGCUAUUCUUGGGCUCUUCUUUCAAAUCCGUGACGACUACCUCAAUCUGACGAGCAAAGAAUACUCGGUGACGAAAAGUUUUUGUGAAGAUUUGACCGAAGGGAAAUUUAGCUUCCCAAUUUUGCAUGCCGUAAAUGCCAAAAAGAACAGCCAGGAAAUUCUGGAGAUUCUGAAGCUACGCACCGAAGACGUCAAUUUGAAGAAGCGUUGCGUUCAGCUGCUUGAAGAGGCCGGCAGUUUUGCCUACACUCGUGACAUUUUGAAGAAGCUGUAUGAAGAUGCACAGGCAGAAAUUGCUAAUCUUGGGCCAAACAAGUACAUGGACUUAUUGUUGAAUGAAUUGGGCAAAUAUUGAAAAGGAAAAUCAAAUGUGAUAAUUUAUGAACAUGAAAAUGGAAAGUUUUAUGUCAAUUGCGUAUCAUUGAGAAUAAAAUGAAAGGAAUACUUUUGAACGUUUUUCGUUUGAAUUGUCUGUCAUUUGCGAAAAGUAA